UGAAAAUGUUUUGAGAUGUUUAAAGAGAAAAAAAGAAUAAUUGUUGAACUCAAAUUGUAAAUUUGUGGCUGCAUCCAUUUCUUUUGCAUACAGUGCAAUGUUUCAUUGACGUAUAAUUAAAACAAUUCCAGUUAGAUACACUGAAUAGAAUCCAAAUAAGAAAUAACACUCCAAUAAAACAUCUUAGACUAUAAUAAUGAUUAAUAAACCAACCAAUCAUUUUUCUGUCUCAAGUGAAAAAGUAAAUUAAUAGGUUUUGGGGCCUGAGAAUCAGAUCAUAAUCAGGUGUUACCUUAAGGCCCUUAUCACUUCACUUUCUGUUGUGCUUCACUGUAUUAGAAAAUAAUAAAAUCAGCACAAUAUACUUGUUACACUGUGAACCUGGAGCCUUUGGGGCCCUUGGCCAGGGUUUGGGAGUAGCUGCCUGCUCAGCCCAGGUGGUAAUCCAGCCUUGUUUCUUCAGGCUGGACUGUCUGUAAAAAUGUGUGUGUAUUCCUCCCUGUAGCAGGAGAAGUGUCUCUAUGAUCCCUCAAACUGUGUGUGCGCAGUAACUUGGACUGUAUCGCGCGCAGCAGUGCAUCGGUCUGUCCGCCUUCAGCACCACGGACAGCGCAGCAGCCUGCGCGGCUCAUCCCGGACUGGAGCGCAGAUUUCCCACUGAAAGCACUGAUGUGACCAUCUGAGUGAACCCUCUCUGUCCAUACAAUGAGUAGGAGUGGUCACUGUGGGAGGGGUCGCGCGGUGUGAGGGGGGCGGGGGGCAGUCAGUUGCGCCCCAGCAGAGAAAGCUUCCUAGAGUAAGAGGCAGAUCCUCAGGCCAAGAUUUGGAUGAUUCGUGACACUUGGAAACAGAGAAAAACACAGAGACAGGAGGAGCAACGCCCACCGAUUAGAGUCUGGAGUGUGUGGAGACAUAAAAUGUGGAGCCUUCAAAAUACGAACAGUUCGUAACACGCAUGGUUAAACUCAGAGGCCCCCGCACGACGAGGGAAAACUCAUGUAUAUAUUUUAUCUUUCCAUUAUCCAAAAGCAGCUCUGACUGAUCAGCAGACAGUGCGGGAGAGGGGGUUUGGACGUGCGCAACGGAGCAUGAGUGCCACUGCGGGCACGGAGCGCGCUGAAGCCUUUUAUGAAUGUUGUUUGUUUCUCUAAAGUAUCUUCUUUCUCAUGCGCUCCAUCCUCUACACAGUCUGAGACAAAUGUAUACGUUUGGGAAAACUCUUGGCAAUGGAACCUGUUGUCGGCGAUGAUUUGUUGGAAUAUUCUUUUAUUCCUGUAACAAGUGGUGAGUUGAUCCUGGAGCAAAGCAGCUGAAAAGGGAAAAAAAAGGCUGUGAGAUGUUUCAUGUGGUGAUCUGCGCACUGUGAGAGCAACAUUUCCCAACUUGAUGUCCCUCUGCGAUACUCUGUGACCCUCCCGUCUUAUCGACGACUCAGCACAUUUGUGAUUAGGAUGUCCUCUGUUUGCGAGGAUGAUUUAAGGAUUUCACAGAGAUGGGUUUUUUUGUAUGUGGGGAAUGGCUGCUAAAAAUAUCCCGCCUGCUGAUGAGGUUACAAUGAACAGGUUGGUGUUCAGCUGAAACUUAGAGACAUGCGGAAAGAUGCUCAGUUAUAGGACAUUUUAAAUCUUUAUCACAGACAAAGUGAGAGGGAAGCAUCAAAGAACAGAAAGAAAGGAUCCGUCAGCGAUCAUUUAUUUGGCUGGAAGAAUUAAUUUACACCAGUACAGUUCACUUGAGGAGAACAGAGACCAACAGGCGAUCUUGGAAGCAGCUUGUUGAUGGCACUGCGCACCGGGAGGACUUGGUUUGGGCAGGUCUUGCGCAGGGUCUUUCGGCUGCAGGGCUCCUGGUCCAGGCGAUCGAGCAGUCUCUUGUGUCUCUCCGCAAACCAGGAGCAGGAUCUGGGCUUCUGUCACCGGUAUCACAACAAGGCGGGGGGGUUCAACCGCUGCUCCGACUCCGGCGGCCACCGUCACCGGUGCGCACCUUUCUGCGCCUCCGCCUCCAGGCGCUGUCCACACGGCUUCCCCCACGCUUGCUGCGCCUUCCCGGGGAAUCCGAGGGGACAUGAGCCCCUCGGUCGCCGGUUCCUGUUGGCCAUGAAGCGGCAAAACGUGCGGACCUUGUCCCUGAUCAUUUGCACGUUCACAUACCUGCUCGUCGGGGCCGCUGUCUUUGACGCCCUGGAGUCCGACUUCGAGAUGCGGGAAAAGGAGCAGCUGGAAGCCGAGGAGAAGCGUCUCCAGGGGAAAUAUAACAUCAGCGAGGAUGAUUACCGCAAACUGGAAACCAUCAUCAUGGAGGCAGAGCCCCACAGAGCCGGGGUGCAGUGGAAAUUCGCAGGGUCAUUUUACUUUGCCAUCACGGUUAUAACCACCAUAGGCUAUGGGCAUGCAGCGCCGGGGACCGACGCCGGGAAGGCCUUUUGCAUGUUUUAUGCCGUCCUGGGAAUCCCUUUGACUCUUGUCAUGUUUCAAAGUCUGGGCGAGAGGAUGAACACUUUUGUCAAGUACCUCCUGAAGCGUAUCAAGAAGUGCUGUGGCAUGAGCAUCACUGACGUGUCCAUGGAGAACAUGGUGACGGUAGGAUUCUUCUCCUGCGUCGGCACGCUGUGCAUCGGGGCUGCUGCCUUCUCCCAUUACGAGGACUGGAGCUUCUUCCAAUCCUAUUAUUACUGCUUCAUCACAUUAACAACUAUAGGCUUUGGGGACUUUGUGGCCCUUCAAAAGAACCGGGCCCUCCAGAAGAAGCCCCUGUAUGUGGCCUUUAGCUUCAUGUAUAUCCUGGUGGGCUUAACGGUCAUCGGAGCCUUCCUCAACCUGGUGGUGCUCCGCUUCCUGACUAUGAACAGCGAGGACGAGCGUCGGGAUGCCGAGGAACGGGCCUCCCUAGCUGGCAACCGAAACAGCAUGAUCAUCCACAUCCAGGACGAAUCGCUGCCGCGGGGCCGGCGGCGGCGUGAGCCGUACCGGGCGGAAGUGACUGAUUUGCAGUCAGUCUGCUCCUGUAUGCACUACCACUCGCAUGACUUCGGCAGCUCUGGGGGAGGGAUGGGAGGCCUUGGCUGUGCCUUCUCCCAUCAGAACUCAUUCAGCUCGCAGCUGAAUCCCAAUCAGUACUUUCACUCAGUUUCCUACAAGAUCGAGGAGAUCUCGCCCAGCACCUUGAAAAACAGCUUCUUCCCUUCGCCCAUCAGCUCGGUAUCUCCGGGCCUCCACAGCUUCACAGACAAUCACCAGCUCAUGAGGAGAAGGAAAUCCAUCUAAACCCUAACACAGACAGGACAGAUGAGUUUCCAUGUUUUAUACACAAGGUCAAACAUUUCAAAUGCUGCUCCUUACCAAAUCUUAUUUCAGCACUUUUUUCCCUUUUUGGUUGUAUGUAAUAUAAAAAGUAUUCUUGGGAACAGAUUAAGAACACUGCGCAGAACAGCAAGCGUGGACACAAUGGGAUGCAAAGCAUGAAGCAUGGAUGUCUAUUUUUACAAGAGAUUGCUCCAUUUACACAAACAACAAGACCUUCCUUAUUUCAGAUUUACAGUACAAAAUUGAUAUAUUAACUUUGGUUACAUACCAAAUGAUGCACACUUGGGGAAAUGCUAUUUUUCAAAAGGGAGUAUGCUUGUUUCACCUUAACUUGAAAAAACUUUUACCGUUAUGUACUAUUCCAUUGCCUCACUGCAGACAGAGAUUUUAAAAUGACUUAAAGCAUCAGGUAUUGUUUUUUCUAUAAGCAAUCAUAUAUUUCAAUGGUUUCACCACACAUCAAGCCAAAAUAUUGUUGCCAAUAUUAGCAUGUGCAUUAGAUGUCAUUUAAUGAGUGUGCCAUGGUUUAGUGACAUUCUUUUUUCUGUUUAUAGAACAGCUGUAUGAAGGCCGUCUGUUUGUUUUGGAUUCAAAGGAUCAUGCUGCUGUUAUUGGUAUUUCAACCUCAUCUGGAAGCAGAUCUGGCCAUAAAAGCUUUAGUUUCACCCACAGCCUUUUUAAUAAUCAAAGUUAAAAUUGACCUAAAGGAAAAUUCACCCUCCCCAACAACACAUUUGCCAGUUUUGGUUCUGCACAAUAUUGCACCAACGGAGUUAUACCGAUAUGAUUUACACCAAUCAUAUUGUGAUAGCUCCACUGUAACAGAGGCUGAGAGGCCUGUUUCUUCAUUUACAGUCGCCUUAAUAAACCAGAAUGCAAUGCAGCUAAUGAUGUGUAACUAAGGCGUCAUUCAGCAAUUUAGUAUUCAUAAAGUUAGGACGCACAGAAGAGAUUGAAAAAGAAGGGUCAAGAUUGAGGCAGCAGAGGCUGAGAUAUACUGACUUCUCUUCUCUUGAGUCCCCAGUAUGGCCCAACCUCUAAAAAUGCUGGAUCCGACAAUUCCCAUGAUGCAACUCAGUGGCAUCUUUGAUUAAACCCUCACUGCCUCCUGAAUGCCAACUUUUUGCAAAUCCUACACCUCCAGUUUGUAAUGCGGGUUUUCAUUUAAAAAAUAAGCCGAGAUAACCCUAAUGACAUCACUAUGGCAUCAUCAGGGUUUUUUUAAAAGCUUUUUGGAAAAUGUUAUAUUAACUUUGAAAAGCUCCCUCCAGAGGCUCCGUAGGCUACCUGUUUUCACACACUGAGUAGUACUCCUCAUGACAAGUAAACUGAAGGCCUUGUGUAAAAUUGGUGGAGUGCCCCUUUAAGGUGGCGUUGUGGCUAUGAUCAUAUGAUCACUGACAUAUGAUGGCCAGGUAGCUGCACACAUCCACCUUUUAUUGGGUGCCACAAGUUCGUUAUGGGAAAUUCCGGCCAGCACUAACUAGUUGGAGCUAAUGAGUCGGGUUGAGGGAGGGGAAUUUCCAGGUUCUUGGAAAAUGAUCAAAUAACUCAAAUUAAUGAAGAGAACAUAAUAGUCUGGUGAUGAAGACAGUAUGAGGGCAUCAGAAGGUGGAUUUUUCCUACCAAAGUGCAAUUAAAUCACUCCAGCUGAAUUCACAAGCAGUGUAAAUUUUAAUCAAAGGACAUGCAUGAUCAUGCUCCAAAGUCCUGCAUAGUACAUGAUGCAUGCCCGUAGCAGAUGACCCUGAGUCUGCUGAUGAACCCUGCUCAGAUCUAACCACGCAGUGCUGAGAGCAGAACUGUUUACAGUGAUGGAACAGCAUGCAGAUCUAAACUGACAACUCUAGAGGUUUGGAUGCACUUUGGAGCCAUUAGGGAAACGCAACCUGAUAAACGCAUCAACAUGGAAACGAGCAGAAACGGUGAAUAUGAGUUAAUGUGUGCGGACAGCUGAAGAUCACAGAUAAAAACUUCAUAACAUCAGCAUGAUCCUUUCAGUUUCUGUAAAAUAUCAGGAGAAGAAAAGGGAUAGGAAGGGUUUUUUUUGUUGAAAGAUCUGAUAAGUGCAUGACCUUUGUAUGAUGAAUGGGGAAAUAAUUUCAAAAUAACUUUAGAAGUAUCUUAAUGGCAAAUAGUCUUAAGAAUGAUUCACAACAUACGCUGUUUCUUUUGCCAAAGCUAAACAGUUCUUAAAGGGAUACACUUUAUUUACUUGAUUUCUCAGUUUCCAUUCAAACAAGACUGUACAAUAAUGUUUGUUCUCAGGUUUGAAUGAAUCACCUUUUUUAUUUUAUUUUUUUAUUUUUUGCUCCAACCACAAACACAAUCCCAGAAGUGCGAGUGCAUCGGCCAAACAACACAAUGUAUAUAUCAAAUCCUCAUUUCCAAAUAAUAGGAAUCUUUCAGAGAAAUGCGACUGAGAUGCAUCAUCUCACUGAGGCCUGUGCCAAGUCUGAUGCAGAUAUGUACACCAGGAGUCAAUUUGCAUUAUAAGCAUCAUUUGUUAGAGCCACAGGGCUUGAAAAUAUUUGAGCAAUUCUUGAUAUUUAUGUUGAUUACUGGCCUGUUUUAAAGCCCAAUGCGCCUUUUCUGUCACGGCUGGCCCACUGCUAGCUGUCAAGGACAUUUUCACUAUCACUGAGCUCCUAAAUUAAGCAGGAUUAAAGCUAUAAACAUGAUUUCUAAAUGCUUUUUAAGCUGUAAAUGUAUAUUUAAGUAUGUAUUGUUUGUAAAGACUGGCGCAAAAGGGAGCUUUUUUUAAGUUACACAGGGCUGGGAGCCCCUUAGCAAGUUCUAUUCUUCAAAUCAAUCAAUAUUUCUGGAAACCAACCAUUCUUACACCAAAUUUCUGGACCUUGACUUUCAGGAAACAUUCAGUAUUCUUUGCAGCCUAGUUAAUUAAUUUCCUGGGUAGCUGAGCAUGCCUCACAAGGUUGCCACUCUGUUUGGGUAAAUGGUGAAAUACCAUGGAUCCUAUUCAGUUGUGACAAACAUAACCAGGCGUGGAGUCCGAGAUAAGCCCAAAGCAUUGUUUCAUUAUUGGAACUAUACCGGCUUAUCUAAAUAUCCUGUACAAUAUGUUUAUAACAACCUUUGGAAUAAAAAGGCCUUUUCAUGGCUGAGAUGCAUAUGUAUUUUUACACAUUAGCAUAUGUGCCUUGAAGAAACAGCAGUCAGUGUUUCUGUUGAAGUAGGCACAUUUAAGUACAGUGGCUGCAGAUCUGUUUGUGCUUUAGCAAACCUACUGGAAGGUUAUGGAGGUCUGACUUUGGGGCUAGUAAUAGCGCAGGUGUGGUUAAUGUACAGACAGAUCUAAGUCCUGACAAACAACUUCAUAGGAAGAGAUGAAAAUCGACAUCUGAUCUUAUAUCCUUCUGUAACCACGUACACACCAAGCGCCAAAGCAGAUCGAAUCACUCCCUUACUUUCAAGAGACAUAAUCAUCCUACAAUAGCCUAAAAGAUCAUUCCAGUGUAUAGCAACUUGGGUCGUCCUCUAGUUUUGGUCAUCACUUCUAUCAAUGAUAAUAACAUUGUAAUCAUGGAGGUAACUGUUGAGAUUUGGGAAUGCUGCAACGUCGCUAAAAGGAAGUCAGAUGGGGCCAGAAACACAAGCAGGUAGAUGAUUUGACAGAUUUAAAGGUAAUGCCAAAUCCCAGACCAAAUCCACAGUGAACUGAUUCUAACAAGUAUUGCCUGUUUACCCAAAGCCUCAUAUACUGUAUCUUAUUCCUCUGUGCCACAGAACUCCAUUAUUGUCCAAAACUAUUAAAAACACAUGAAUAUGCUUGGGCCUUGUAGUUUAUUUUGAGUUGAUUCCACAUACAGGUGCUUUACAAAUUCAAUUCAGCACCACUUCUAUUUAUCUGUCUGAAAGUAGUCACUAACCCCGUCUAUCUGACUAACAUUUGCUACCUACCUGUUUUUAAAGCUGCAUUAAUUGCUUCUGUUUGCCACUUGGGGGCAGCAGAACAAGCUGUAAACAAUAAUGAUGUUAUAUUUUAUUUGGAGUCAUGUAUCUGCAGACCUGAUGAAUGUAAGCCCAAUAUUCACUGUCCUUUUAAUUCUCUUUUGUUCUCUAUCAACUCAAGAAAAAUAUCUUGCUCCUUAGCUUGCUAGCUGCUUCGCUGUGUUCAUCAGCGAGUUGCUAACUUUGCCUGCUGUUUGGUACUGGACAGUGGGGAGCAUAUAAUGAGGUUAUCUGAGCUUUUUUCACAAAAACAAAACAAAACAAAACAAAACAAAAACAA